GCCUGCCUCUCCGAGGAGCGGCUCCAGCCGGCCCGGCGCGCGGCCCCGAGCGAGAGCGCGAGCGACUGCGGCGCCUUCUCCUGCUCGCCUUCGCCUCCCGCGACCUUCCCGCCCCGGCGUCGCCAUGGCCGAAGUCUUCGCCGGCGUCUGGAACCUGGUCGAGAGCCACGGCUUCGAUGACUACAUGAAAGCCAUCGGUGUGGGCUUUGCUACAAGACAGAUAGCAAACCUGACCAAACCCACCACCAUUAUUGAAGUUGAUGGGGAAAAGGUGACCAUCAAGACCCAGAGCACAUUCAAGAGCACAGAGAUCAACUUCAAACUGGAAGAAGAAUUUGAUGAGACAACAGCAGACGACAGACAUGUCAAAUCUGUUGUGACACUAGAAGGAGGGAAGCUUGUUCAUGUGCAGAAAUGGGAUGGAAAAGAGACCUCAUUAGUCCGAGAACUGAAGGAUGGAAAAUUAAUUUUGACUCUGACAAUGGGAAAUGUAGUCUGCACCCGCACCUAUCAAAAAGCAGAAUAGCGCCUUCACCUGCAUUUUGCCACUCUUCAUCCAAUGCCAAACUCACUGCCAAAUUGCUUGUGUGUGGUCUCUCUCCCCCCC